CAACGAUGCCUAAAGACGCUUCACAUCUUCCCAGGAAGCGAGGCCGUCCUCGACAUCUGUACAAAGAUCCCAAGAAGGUCAAUAUUCCUACGACGCACGGCCAUCCAACAGCAGCCUUCCAAUAUCUCUCGCAGGAUGCCGACGCACAAGACGAUGGCCACUUGCAAGCAGAGUCAUCAUCCAUCUUUAUCGACCCUACACUCGGUUCAGCCCUGACAAACAACGCUCAUAUCACGGAUGCAGAACUUUCUCGGCACCUCACGCCGUUGGAUGCUCACAUUCAAUCACAGGCUGCUGCCAUCGUGCGAGCAUUGACUCUUCAUGAGGAGAGUCAUGGACAGCUCGAGACGCUUGACUGUCAGCAACCACCCCCCGCACCAGAGCUGCAACAGCCUAUACAAAGGCAUACUAGCUAUGUAAAUGGCACUUCCUGGGUCAGCCGGUUGCUUUCCCCAGAGCGCGCCGCCGAAAGACAGGCGCUUUGGGAUAUCGUUGCUUCAUGCGACUAUCUUCCCGACUCAUCAUCGCCCAAGGCAGACUUGAGUGCUGAAAAGUUGAAUGGACCGGGUCUCGAAAUGAUUGAUGUGCCCCCGAAUAGCGGGUUCGUCAAGCCUACAAGGCAAAAGAAGCUCGAUGGAGAAGAGUAUAUGAGAGAGGUGAUUGAGGUGGAGGAUAUACCGCGGUACUUUGAUGGUCUGCCACACGACUAUAAUGCUCUCUCGCGCGCUCGUUGUUCGUCUUAUUUGAAGAUUGUAUGUCUGGACCCCCCCGGCCUUGUGCCCACCGACAUUCGCUCGCGUCAUAUCCAUGUCUCAGUAGACGACAAUGCGCUUCGAGAUAAUCCCGACGGCUAUGUCUAUCGCAUCAUUUUUAGGUGUUCGGGGAUAUGCCUGAGAGCGGAUGGAGAGGAACAGUCCAUGGGCGUUGCCGGGGAAGAGGGGCAACCGUGGAUGGGAGAGCAGCCGAAGAACUUCGCCCAGAGCUCGAGUGAGACGAAGAAGAGACGGCCACCAGCGUGUGACUCUUUGUUAGCUGUCGAGAUGACUGCCCGACAAGCGGCAGACGGGCAAUGUACAAUCAUCAGACGGCGGCCAGAGUAUCAUCCGCCCGGCCCAACAGCAGCCCUUCGACUUUCACCAUACAUACGAAGUGUGCUUCAUGAACUCGCAUCUGACACUGGCAUGCCAAACACCCGAUUACGCUCUGAAUACGAAAAUAGAUUGAGGACCGCAGCCUACCCCAUGUGGAUCGAAGCAAACUUUCCUCAUCGUCUGCCCAAACCGCAGCAUUACUUGAGCGUCACGGUUACCAUUGCUCGUGCGGCGAAGAAGGCGGGGCAUGCGUGACAGGUUAAAGCUGGUCAACAGGGCAGGGGUCGCGCAGGGGUGGAGAGAGAGAGCGCGCUGGGGGCUGGGGCGCAGUGGUGAUGUUGAGGGAUCUUGAAGGACGGAUAACGGCGUCCUGCGCAGGCAUACGGCUGCAGCCCGGUAGCUGACAGAUUGAAGGCCUUGUGCCAGCAACCUGAAUGCUCUCUCCGGCGCUCAUGGCUUGUGGCCUGAAGACAAAGGUGUUGUUCUCAUACUCGUAUCACAUGCUUGUACGUAAAAGAUAAGAGAGUGCUGGACCUUGGACCUUGAAGUGUCUUGAAUCUUGAAUCAUGAACGUCUAUCCAUUGGAGGCCGAUCCGAAAUAGUGGCUACAUCAGAGAUAAACGUUAUGGCCAGGUACAGGCACCUUUCGAUCGCUGUCCUCUUCUGCCACGAAAUCCGACUCUGGGCAGCAACGUUUGUCCACAAUGCGUCAAGUUAUCUCGAGAAACUCGAGGCAUGAGGCAUUGAGGACACAUGCCAAGAGUGGCUCAGUACGAACAUAUGCCGAGGCGUGAACGAAGGGAAGCCGAUGGGACUACAGUUUUCGGGUGUGGCGUCAAGGGUCAUUCGGAAGAGAUACAUAGCCUUCCCUUGGCCGCCUCGAGAAUCGGGAACAAGGUUGUCGACGCCGUCAAGCACGUUGUAAAAUUGCAAGGCGCAUGAUGCGCUUUGCAGGCCUCAAAUGUCCUCGUCUCCCUUACAUCGCCGAGCGCAAGAUGUCCAGCUCCACCUGUAUAUAUUCGACGCGCCCGGAAGUCAAGACCGAGACAUGAAUUACAACGCGACGCGCCCGAAAUUUCUCCAUGAAUUGCUUCGAGCAGGGUCCAGGGACUGUCCGGGAUCAUUUUCCCUGCCAUGUCCAGGCUUCUCUGCUCUGGGCUCAGCCUGGGCUGCACGUCGCAAGAGCAGAGCUGGGGGGCAGAGGGCCCAGACGGCAGACGGUGACAGUUGAGUGUUGACAGCUGCAAGCUGACGAUAGCUGGGAUCCGGGAUCGGACUCUUUGGCAAAGUUCCUGGCACCCUAAACACCUGAAAAUCGCAGUCAGCCGAGUAUAAUUCUUGAGAUCUCAUCGCCCCAUUCGAGCGACACGCAAAGUCAUGCAGUGCACUCCCGCUGCUUACACGAGGUCGUGGGGGAGAGCCGACUGGGGCCGCUGGGAACUGGCCAGCUCCUGCAUAUAUCGUGGAUGGAGAAGAACGUCAUACUACUACAUGCACUUGUGUCUGGGA